AUGUCUUCCCGACCAGAACUCAAGGUCGACGACGAACAUGGAUUUAUCCGUUUUUUCAAAUCCCUCCCAACCGUAGACGACGACGUAAUCCGCAUCUUCGAUCGAGGCGACUGGUACACUGCCCACGGCGAGAAUGCAAACUUCAUUGCACGAACCGUCUAUAAAACCACGUCAGUCGUCAGACAGCUCGGGCGCAAUGAUUCCACCGGCUUGCAAUCCGUCACUAUGACCAUGACCGUCUUCCGGCAGUUCCUGCGCGAAGCUUUGUACAAGUUGGGCAAGCGGAUUGAGAUCUGGGCGAGCCCGAAUGGGAGGAUGAAUUGGAAGAUCGCUAAGCAGGCCUCGCCGGGUAAUCUACAAGAUGUGGAGGAGGAUCUUGGCAGCCUGGCCGAAGCAGCACCCGUAAUUCUAGCCGUGAAGAUCUCGGCCAAGGCAUCCGAGGCUCGGGCUGUGGGUGUGUGCUUUGCGGAUGCCAGUGUCAGGGAGCUUGGAGUUAGCGAGUUUCUCGACAACGACUCCUAUUCAAACUUCGAAGCCCUUCUAAUCCAGCUUGGCGUCAAGGAGUGUCUCAUACACAUGGAAAAGGCGGACAAGGAGAAGGACCCAGAGUUGGCGAAGGUGAAGCAGAUCAUUGACAACUGCGGCGUUGCCAUCUCCGAAAGGCCGGUUGCCGAUUUCGGAAUCAAGGACAUCGAACAAGACCUGGCGAGACUGCUGAAGGAUGAAAGGUCUGCCACCUUGCUCCCACAGACCGAUCUGAAACUUGCUAUGGGCUCAGCAGCCGCCCUCAUCCAAUACCUCGGUGUCCUCCACGACCCUUCCAAUUUCGGCCAGUACCAACUCUAUCAGCACGACCUCGCCCAAUUCAUGAAGCUCGACGCGGCUGCGCUGAAAGCUCUCAAUCUCAUGCCCGGCGCAAGAGACGGCUCCAAAACGAUGAGUCUGUUUGGGUUACUGAACCACUGCAAGACACCGGUCGGUAGCAGGCUGCUGGCGCAGUGGCUGAAGCAGCCUUUGAUGGACAAGAACGAGAUUGAGAAACGCCAGCAGCUCGUCGAGGCGUUUGCCAAUGACACAGAACUUCGCCAAACUAUGCAGGAGGAACACUUGAGGUCCAUUCCCGACCUCUACCGACUAGCGAAGCGAUUCCAGCGCAAAAAGGCAAACCUGGAAGACGUUGUCCGAGCGUAUCAAGCAGUUAUCCGCCUGCCCGGGUUUUUGGGCACGCUCGAAGGCGUCAUGGACGAAACCUACCGCGACCCCCUGGAUGAAGCCUACACCAACAAGCUCCGGGAGCUAUCCGAUAGCUUGGUCAAGUUGCAAGAAAUGGUCGAAACAACUGUCGACCUAGACGCACUCGACAACCACGAGUUCAUCAUCAAGCCGGAGUUUGACGAUAGCCUACGCAUCAUCAGGAAAAGGCUCGACAGGUUGCGUAGCGAGAUGGACAGGGAAUUCGCGGAUGCGGCAAGCGACUUGGGUCAGGAGAGGGACAAGAAGAUUUUCCUCGAGAACCACAAAGUUCACGGGUGGUGCAUGCGAUUAACCCGGACGGAGGCCGGUUGCAUUCGACAGAAAUCCCGUUACCAGGAAUGCUCGACGCAAAAGAAUGGAGUCUAUUUCACGACUAAGACCCUGCAAGGGUACCGUCGCGAGUUUGACCAGCUGUCACAAAAUUACAACAGGACCCAGAGCGGCUUGGUGAACGAGGUUGUCGGGGUGGCUUCCUCGUAUAGCCCCGUGCUCGAGAAGCUCGGCGGUGUCCUCGCCCACCUCGACGUGAUCGUGUCUCUUGCGCACUGCUCCGUCCACGCACCCAUCUCCUAUGUUCGCCCCACGAUUCACCCCCGCGGAGAGGGCCAAACAGUUCUAGUGGAAGCUCGCCAUCCCUGCCUGGAAAUGCAGGACGACGUCCAAUUCAUCACCAACGACGUCGAGCUAACACGGGACAAAUCCUCCUUCCUCAUCAUUACCGGCCCCAACAUGGGCGGAAAGUCGACCUACAUCCGGCAGAUCGGCGUAAUCGCUCUGAUGGCGCAGAUCGGCUGCUUCGUCCCCUGCAGUUCGGCCGAGCUGACCAUCUUCGACAGCAUCCUAGCACGUGUGGGCGCCAGCGACAGCCAGCUCAAGGGCGUCUCCACCUUCAUGGCCGAGAUGCUCGAGACAGCCAACAUCCUCAAAUCGGCGACGGCCGAGAGCCUCAUCAUCAUUGACGAGCUCGGCCGCGGCACGUCGACCUACGAUGGCUUCGGGCUGGCCUGGGCCAUCUCAGAGCACAUCGUCAAGGAGAUUGGCUGCUCGGCGCUCUUCGCCACGCACUUCCACGAGCUGACCGCUCUCGCCGACCAGUACCCGCAGGUGCGCAACCUGCACGUUACGGCACACAUCAGCGGGUCGUCGUCCGCGGCGACGGCCGAGAAGAAGAAGCAAAAGGCCGAGGACGAGAAGCGCGAGGUCACGCUCCUGUACAAGGUGGAGCCGGGCGUCUGCGACCAGAGUUUCGGCAUCCACGUCGCCGAGCUGGUGCGCUUCCCGGACAAGGUCGUGCGCAUGGCCAAGCGCAAGGCCGACGAGCUCGAGGACUUCACCUCGGCCAAGCAGGACGGCGACUCCACCCCGGCUGCUGCCGCCGCCGCUUCCCCCGAGUAUAGCAAGCGGGACGUCGAGGAGGGUAGUGCCCUGCUCAAAGAGGUGCUCGUGCGCUGGAAGGACGAGGUCCGCGCGGGCACCAUGUCCAAGGCGGAGAUGGUGGCCCGGCUAAAGGAGAUGGUGGGGAAAGACGGCAAGCUGUUGGCGAACCCCUUCUUUCAGAGCGUGAAGGCGUUGUAG